AUGGGUUUCCAGAGCUGGUUUGGAUUCCCAGUGGGGUUAUUGCUAUGCUGUGCUCUUCAGACAUCUGCUGUCCAGCACCCUGCCACUCACAACUGCACCAGGGAUGCUCAAAGAAUAUCCUUCAGCCACUCCUACAAGAUUGACCUGCCCACAGCCUCCCAGAUUAAGGUGGAAGCAGAUCCAUUACAGCAUGAUGAAGAGAACAGUGGGGUGCAGCUAGAUCCUGGGGAGACUGAGGAAAGUGAAGAGCAGAAUAUAAUCUUUAGGCAUAACAUCCACGUGCACACACCCAGAGGGAACUGUGAGACUUUGACCCACAUCAAGGAUCUGCUUGAAAGGAUGGAGAAGCUUGAGAAGGAAGUGGCAGAGCUGAGAGAAGUUUGCAGCCCUCAGAAGUGCUGUGGGGGAACCCAAGGUGUCCCUCACUGCAGUGGCCACGGGAGCUGGCACGGGGAGAAGUGUGUCUGUGAUGAGCCUUUCUUUGGCGAGGAUUGCAGCCAGCAGCUCUGCCCCGAGAACUGCAGCGGCCACGGGAUCUGUGACACGGCCAAAGGUAUCUGCCAGUGCCACCAGGAGUUCAUCGGGGAGGACUGCAGCGAGAAACGAUGCCCUGGGGACUGCAGUGGCAAUGGUUUCUGUGACACAGGAGAGUGCUACUGCCACGAUGGCUUCUUUGGCCUCGACUGCUCCCAGGUGCUUGCCCCCCAGAACCUGCAGCUGCUGAACUCCACAGAGAGCUCUCUGGCUGUCAGCUGGGAUCCAAUGGCUGAUGUAGACAACUACCUCCUUACCUAUUAUCCAGUUGGAUAUGAGAUGUUGGUGAAACAAAUCCAUGUGCCCGGAGAGCAGCUCAGCUAUGAGAUUGUGGGUCUCAGCCCUGGCACCACAUACAAUGUCACACUUCAUCACCUGAAGAAGGGGAUUGCUAGUGAGCCCAAGUAUCUUGAAGCAACUACAGUCCUAUCUGCACUCAACGCUAUCUGGGUGACAGAGGAGAUGGAGCACUCCCUGGAAGUGGAGUGGGAGAACCCACCAACAGCUGUGGAUUUUUACAAGCUGAAGUUCAGAUCCCUGGGGGAGGUGGAUGAGAAGCAGGUCAUGGUGCCCAAAAGCAAUGACCCUAAGAGCAGAUACAUCCUGACUGGCCUGAAACCUGGCACAGAGUAUAGGGUUACUGUCAUACCUGUGAAGGACAACACGGAGGGGAAACCAUCCUCAGUGGCUGGUAGGACUGGACUUGAUAGCCCAACCAAUGUGACAACUGACCGAGUGACAGAAGAUACCAUCACUGCCUUGUGGAAUAAAGUGGAGGCUCCCAUAGACAGGUACAUGGUGAGAUACACCUCAGCUGAUGGGGAUACCAAGGAAGUAGAGGUGGGGAGUGAAAAGAACACGAUCAAGUUACUGGAUCUGAAGCCAGGCAUGGAAUAUGUCAUCCACAUCCGGGCAGAGAAGGGGCCCCAGAGGAGCAAGAAGGCAAGCACCAGAGCUGUGACAGAGAUUGAUCCUCCCAAGGACCUUCAUGUAUCAAAUGUGACUCACUCUACUGGUGUGGUUACCUGGACUCCUCCUGCAGCACAGAUUGAUGGCUACUCCCUCACCUACCAGGGUCAAGAUGGGACAAGCAAGGAAGUACAGCUGAGCCCUAGCGAGCAGCAGUUUGUGCUGGAAGGACUGGAGCAAGGAGUGAGGUACACUGUCUUUGUGAUAGCCUUUAAGGGAGAUCACCAGAGCAGAAAGACAGACAGUACCUUCUCAACAGUGAGCUUCCUGUACCCCUACCCUGCGGACUGCAGCCAGGCACGGCGGAACGGGAAUGUCUCCAGUGGUGUGUACACCGUUUACCUGAGCGGGGACAGCCACAGGCCACUGCAGGUGUACUGUGACAUGACUACUGAUGGAGGAGGGUGGAUAGUGUUUCAGAGGCGGAGCACUGGUGAGGUGGAUUUCUACCAACGCUGGAAAAAUUAUGUGGAAGGCUUUGGAGAUCCCACUGGGGAAUUUUGGCUUGGUCUUGACAAGCUGCACAAUCUCACAAGCAGCAGCCCCGUCCGCUAUGAGCUCCGCGUGGAUUUGCGCACAGCCAGCGAAUCUGUCUACGCUGUCUAUGACUUCUUCCAGGUUGCCUCCAGCAGGGAGAGAUACAGGCUGUCUGUGGGGAAUUACAGAGGCAAUGCUGGGGAUGCAAUGACCUACCACAAUGGCUGGAAGUUCACAACGUGGGACAGAGACAAUGAUGUGGCUCUUAGCAACUGUGCCCUGACGCACCACGGCGCGUGGUGGUACAAGAACUGCCACCUGGCCAACCUCAACGGGAAGUAUGGGGAGAGCAAGCACAGCGAGGGUGUGAACUGGGAGCCAUGGAAAGGCCAUGAAUUCUCCAUCCCUUUCACAGAGAUGAAGAUCCGUCCUCAGUCUUCCAGUAAUGAGCCAGUCCUGGGGAGGAAGAAGAGGUCUUUAUCAGGGAAGAGGAAGAAGAUCAGGGCUUAAAUCGAACUCUGUGAAGAACAGUACCCAAA